CUAAGUACAGAAUAAGUUUUAAGAGGUUGUUUGUGAACUCCCAACAACACACACAUAGUACACACAAACAUUACAUUUAAGAAGAUAAGGCGAUGUUUGGUGGUUCAUCAUGCCUCCGGUUAAUGAGAACCGUCAUCAUCAUUCCCAACUACCGGAGACUCACACUACUACCAACCACCUUAUCAUGCGCCAAUAACCACCACACCACCACUUCUAAUCGACACGAGGAGGAAUACAGCCGGUUGCUUCCAUGCCCUGCUCACAAUACUCUGCCAAGAAACAUCCAACAUUUAGUUGUUAAACAAGGAGGACCCGUUCUCGACUUCAUUACCAACGCUUUGGAUCUGCCCCCUUUGUACGUUGCAGAUCUUAUUCAUUUUGGAGCGGUACAUUACGCCCUUGUCUGCCCAAAGCCUCCUUCAACUGCCACACAUGAAGAAAUCAAGUUGUACAAAGAAUUUACUAAACCCUCGAUCCUAAGAAAGAGACCUUCACUUAAAGGAAAAACUGUGAGAGAGGCACAAAACACUUCCAGGAUUUCUCAUAUUGAUCAAUUUGUUGAAGAGGGGACAUAUGUCAGGGUGCAUCUACGUCCAAAACGAUUUCCAAGAUGCUAUGAAGUUGAUUGGAAAUCGAGAAUAAUUGCUGUGACAGAGUCCUAUGUGGUUCUCAACAAGCCUGCUGGCACAUCAGUAGGUGGAACUACAGACAAUAUUGAAGAAACUUGUGUAACUUUUGCUACUCGUGCCUUGGAGUUAACGUCACCAUUAAGGACUACUCAUCAGAUUGAUAACUGCACAGAAGGCUGUGUUGUUCUAGCUAGAACUAAGGAAUACUGUUCAGUUUUUCAUAAAAAGAUUAGGGAGAAACAAGUGAAGAAGCUUUAUCUUGCACUUGCUGCUGCUCAUGUGCCAUGUGGAGUUAUAACCCAUUACAUGCGACCAUUUCGAAAGGCUCCUAAACUUAUUUCUGAAGACUUUGUUGAGGAAUGGAACCUGUGCCAACUCGAGGUCCUAGAAUGCAAGAAAGUUCCAUGGCCAAAUGCUUUAGUUGAAGAGAAAUAUGGAAUCGAGAACUUUGACUGGCCAAAUAAAGAGUUCGCAUACGAGUGCAAAAUCAACCUGUUGACCGGCCGUACCCAUCAGAUUCGAGCUCAACUGGCAGCGUGUGGUGCCCCAAUAGUAGGGGACUCGAUGUAUAUGCCUGCUGUAAUUUCCGAGUUAGCCAGUCCUGGGAUAAACCCUUUUGGAAAAUACAAAAAGCAAUUUGAAAGUGAGGCCGAUCAGAAACACACCACUGAAGAAUGGGCUGCAAAACAUGGGAAGGAACCUGGUGUGGCUAUUGGCCUGCAAGCUUGUCAAAUUUCAUGGGAUGAAGGCAAACAUUUUUAUGAGGCUGGACCUCCUUGGUGGACUCAAUAGAAACAUAUAGGAGUUGGGUCCUGUGCAUAUUUAUCAUGGGGUGACCCCCCGUGCUUCUUAUGGGUGAUAUGUUUUUUGACAGAAGCAUAAGGUGAGUAGGUGACUAUAUUUUUGGGAUUAAAGAAUGAACUGUCACUAUCUACUUAAUCAAAUUCUGUGAACUAAUUGGCGCAAACAGUGAAGGCCAAAUCUGUAUGUACACAUGAUCAUUGACUAAUACAACAAUGCAUUCGUUGUUUCAGUUGCAAAUAAUUGUUAUAGUCUCUUAGCAUUCACCUCAACCAUGGUUGAUUCCGGAAUGAGGCAAGAUUUUCCAUUGCAUGAUUGAGACUGUGCUUAGUGCGAGAGUGCUGCACCAGAAAGAGAGAUUGACAGACAAACAGUGGUGAUAGAGAAUGUAGACCGUUGCUGUGAUUUGCAGUGCAUUUUGGUUUAAUUGAUUGUUUAUCUAUUAAAUUGACAAUUAGUCCUAAGACAUUAGAAUUAUUUUUAUGGGUUGAUGUUGAUGAUAUUUUGAGAAGAGGAAUAGGAAUAUUUGGUUUUUAGAUACCUAAACUUUUAUAAAACCUCAAUCAUUUAUAUAUUAUACAAUAAAUAUUAAAAAAAUUAGUAUGUGAGAGUAUCCAUUCGUAAGUCUAGGUAUCUAACAACUAUAUAUUCACUUUCUACUUUUGAGAAAUAGGA